UCUAGCGCUGCUGUCUGAGGAGAGAGAAACACUCAGGCCCCAAAAUUAUAAAUAUUAUUUUAAAAAUUAAUAAAAAAUAUAAUACAACAACAGAAUCGCGCAAGAAAUACCGGAAAAGGUGCAGUGGGGACUGCUACGAGCAGUCAAGAUGGACUGUAGGCCUCCGACCCCACUCUCAACUGUCACUGUGGGGGUGACAAACAUCUCCCUUCAGCACUGCAGACACACAGAAGAUUUGGACACUGGCAACUGUAACUGAACCCCUCCAUCCCCUAUCCCUCCCAUACUCUCAGGCCUGUCCCCACCAGAUUUGAGCCUCAAAGGCAGGGGAGUCACACCGACACCCUCAUGGCCCUGGCACCCUAGGGUUGUCAUGACAGCUGUUGUCAACAGUGUCCCAUGCCAGUGUACCACAGUGAUACCAGAGAGCAACCAACAGGGAGCUGUAGCCAGGCAGUGCCAAUUGGUUGGAGCAGUAGAGAGGGGUUUGGAAAGAGAGAGAGAGGGAGAUUGGGAGAGAGAGAUAGAGAGGAAUUGGGACGGGGAGAAAGGGAUAGACAGGGAUUUAGAGCGGGAGAGGAUCAGCAGUGAGUGUGAGGGCUGUGGUAGUCUGUGCAGUCUCAGUUCUGGGCAGGAUAAGCUCCGCCUCCCUGCCUGCAGACCCCUGCUUUGCUCUCACCCAUUCUGCGAGAAGGCCUUCACCUCCAAGUACAAACUGCUGAGGCACAUGGCCACACAUUCCCUGCAGAAGACACACCAGUGCUCCGUCUGUGCGAAGAUGUUCCACCGUAAAGACCACCUGAAGAACCACCUGCAGACACACGACCCCAACAAGGAGGCCUUCAGGUGUGGAGAGUGCGGCAAGAGCUACAGCACCAAGCUGGGCUACAAGCGCCACGCGGCCAUGCAUGCCGCGGCUAACGGGGACCUUACCUGUAAGGUGUGCCUGCUGCGCCUGGAGACCACACCCGCCCUGCUGGAGCACCUGAGGGGCCACUCAGGUGGGGUGGCGGGCGGGGUCAAGGAGAAGAAGCACCCGUGCGCCCACUGCGAACGCCGUUUCUACACCCGCAAGGACGUGCGCCGCCACAUGGUGGUGCACACGGGGCGCAAGGACUUCCUGUGCCAGUUCUGUACUCAGCGCUUUGGCCGCAAGGACCAUCUCACCCGCCACGCCAAGAAGAGCCACUCCCAAGAGCUGCUGAAGGGUGGGGCCGAGUCGCAGGGCGUGGAUCCGGGCGGGGCCCUGGGCCUGGCCAUAAAGGAGGAGCUGAGCCCAGUGAUGUGCAGCUACAGCCCCAUGGGCCUCUACGGCCCCCAUCUGCAGGCCACGCCCACUUCAGGCGGGGCUUACCACCCCCUGAUGGCUGGCUCUUUGGGGAUGGGCUGCCACAUGGAGCCCUCGAACCCACUCCACCACUCCCACCCGCACCUGCACCCCCGACACCCCCAUCACCUGCACCCUACACACUCUCCUCCACCCCGCCCGCCCCCCCAGACCCUACCGGGAUCUACCUCAUACCUGAAACUAGAAAUGGAGAGCUUCCUGAUGGACCUGCAGAGUGGGCUUCCAGCCCCGCCAUUGGCUGAGGCUCCGGGCUCUGCCCCCACCUCAGACCUCCCCCACAGCCUGCAGGCAGAGAGCCCUGCCCCCAUCGCAGAGUCGCUGUGCAUGGCCAACAUGGACGUGACCCACCUUCUGAGCUUCCUUCCCCUCAGCCUACCUCCCUACAGUGCCCCCCUGAGCGCAGGAGGCCCUACUGCAGGCUACAGCACCUCCUCAAAUUCUUCCUCUGCCUCCUCUUCCUCCUCCUCAACCUCACAUGGCACAGAGCCCCUCUCAACACCUCUUACCUCUCUGCGAACCAGACCUCAGGAGCCUUCGGGCCACGCCUUUAGCAGCCACACUCUUCCACGCUUCCACCAGGCCUUCCAGUGAGAGCCAGGCCCCUCCCCUAGGGAGAGCCAGGCCCCUCCCCUAGGGGAUUCAAGCUUCAAAAAGGCUCAGAUUCUUAAAAACUUGUAAUGUAGUUGCAAAAGAGAAGAAAAACAGACUCAUGUUCUGUUUUCUUUGAUUUUGUUAUUCCUCUCCCCCACACCAGGAGUCAGUAUCAGAGUUCACUGGGAAAUUAGGCUGCCCUUGUUUAUUAUUGAUGAUGAUAAUAAUAAUAAUAAUAAUAAUAAUAAUAAUAAAAUAGUAUCAUGGUGGACAGUGUAGAUCAGCACA